UCUAUUUCCGCAACAACUAUGUGGUCCUUUGUUUUAGGUGAUAAACUGUUCGGCAUCCUCCGAUAUCCACACGAGAACAAUGUUGUUGCUGUCAUUCACAAACACUGGCUUAAAGAUAGCUUUUGCAUGUGGCCUCCGAAGGUCUCGUCAAGCAGGUUAGCACAAAUGGUCAAGAAUGGUGUGCAGCCUGAUGCCACGUGGAUAAAACUAACCUAUGUGGAACUUGGCUGGUUCUCAUCCUAUGAGGAAGCACGCAGAAAACUUCCAAUGGCAGAGGUGACGUCCGACCUGCAGAGCGACACAGAUUUGGGGAGGGGGAAGAGAAAGAGGUAUCGCACGCAAGAAAAUUCCAGUACUGAUUAUGAAGAUUUCGAAGAUGUUCCUCGUCCUCCAACACCACCAUGCUUUGGAGACGAUUUCCAAACAGACUGCACAAGGCGGGCUACCGAUUCACCCCUGUCAUACACUGUCCUCGGUGCCGCUCAAGGCACACAAAGUGCACCACAAGUGUUUUUUGAGAACGAGAGGCCGAGUGCUGGUUCAUCAGCUCCUGCCAUGACAUCGAGAGCUAAGACACACUGCAGUGCGGACCAGCUCCACUUCGCGGCAGAUGAGCAUUUCAGCACUGAAGUCUGUGCAGGAGGGGUAAAUGAAGUUGGACACCAUGGAUAUAGUUUUUCUCGCAGAGUGAGGCGCCCUGCACCCUUCCGAGAGGUUUCACAAAAUCAACUUCAGCCCAUACGCCGGGGAGCAGAUCAUCCUCAACCUCUGCCAGGAAGUCACCUCGCACAAAGUGAACACGCAAUGUGUGCCGAGAGCAGGGGCCGACCUGACGAAUGGUUGUCGCACAUCAAUGCUGAAGGCUGUCGUGAUAACGUUCCCUAUGACAGCCACGAUGGAGGCUCUCAAGCAUGGCCAGGAGUACGUCGGGCGAACACUAUUGAACGCGCUGCCCCCGCAUGGAUUAUGGUAAGCAGUCUUGCUUUGACGAACAUCAAUGCCCAGCAAACGUUGCAUAAAUUUCAGUUCCGAUACAUGCGAAGUAGCAAAAAAUCAGGUUGUAGGGAUGUGGAGCCCGCAGGCUCUUAAUUGCUUUCUCUGACGACAAGUAGCGGUUUAAAGAUAUCAACACAAAAUGUGCAGCAUGAAGGCUGUAUGAUAACUCGUGGUGGCUACUUUCGCUUUACGUCGAGAUGCAGCUAUGAUCAUAAGUGACGCGGCAGCGGUAGUCUCAGCAGUGAAGUUUCACAGUCUUUAAUUCACGCUGCGUGUUUUGCAAAUAAAUUUUUGCGGAUUCACGAAAAACUAAGAGCCUUAUGUGUAUUCCAUACUCGGAACAAAAUUCCUUCGUGUACAAAUUGCUGGGAAAUCUACUCCCUGUAAAUUGGUUAUGAUGGUCACAGUAUACAGGGUGAUCUUUUUGUUGGAAGCACAAGGCUUCACAA